AUGACCAUUGCAGAAUCUGUGAAGAUAUUGCGUACUGUGCAACAGGUCAGACAAUGGCGUCUACAACGUUUGUUAAAUGGUAAAACUGUCGGUUUUAUUCCAACUAUGGGUGCCUUACAUGAUGGUCAUUGCUCGUUGGUUUCACAAUCUUUAAAGGAUAAUGAUGAAACUGUGGUAUCUAUCUUUGUAAAUCCUUCUCAGUUUGCUCCUCACGAGGAUUUGGAUUCAUAUCCAAGAACUAUAGAUAGUGAUUUAUCUAUCUUAGCAUCUAAAUUCAGAUCAAGUGUCAAACAAGUUGAUGCUAUAUUCAUUCCAAAAAUUUCGGAAAUGUAUCCUUCCGGUAUAAAUUUAGAAAUCAGCAAACAAAGAGGUGCUUUUGUAUUUGUUAAAGGUAGUUCAGAACAAUUAGAAGGGGUUACCAGACCUCAAUUUUUCAGAGGAGUGGCAACUAUUGUAACUAAACUCUUAAAUGUUGUUCAACCAACUAAUAUUUAUUUUGGUCAAAAGGAUGCUCAACAAUGUAUAGUUAUAAAGAACUUAGUCAAAGAUUUACUAAUCGAUACUAAUGUUCGUGUCAUGCCAACUUUAAGAGAAUCAAAUGGGUUAGCUAUGUCUUCAAGAAAUCAAUAUUUAUCACCUCAAAUCAAACAAGAAUCAUCCAUCAUAUAUAAUGCUUUAAAAUCAGGUGAAUCCUUAUAUUAUUCUAAAAAUGCUAAAGUUGAAUCAUCAGAAAUACUAACUCAAAUCAAAACUGUCUUAAAUUUAAAUCCAAACUUUAAAAUCGAAUAUGUUUCAAUCAAUCAUCCUGAAACUUUAGAUGAAAUAGAUUAUAUUGAACCAGGUGUUGGUGCUUUAAUAUCAUUGGCUGUAUUGGCUCCAAAGGAAAACUCUGAUGGUCAUGCUAGAUUGAUUGAUAAUAUCAUAUUACAUUAA